AAGACAGGCACACCUAUAUAUCUGUAAUUUAUAUUUGGUUAGCAGAUAAUGGUCCAAGUUCAUUUCAUGCGAAGGAUCAUCCUAUCACCGGAGAGAUAUUUACCCAUAUGUAUUCGCUAAUUUACGGGCGUAUUGGAUAAUAUCAGCAUCACAAUCAUGUUGAAGGUUGUACCAUAUUUAGUGCAGAGAUCUUUUACAGUAAAAUGCAUUCUGUUUUUAUCCUGCGUCGGGUUGUUCUCACUGAUUAGCUUAUACGAGCCCGCGCAUCUUGUCCAACUGGUCAGCUCUGUGGCAGCGCCGCCUGAGGAUGAAGACUUUUCGGGUCUAGAAGCGGAUGACGCGAGAUUGAUCGAGUACAUCCGCCAGCACGUGAUCGUGCCUCCCUCCACCGAGCCCUACAAUUUGUACUAUGGUGUCAACCACGAUCCUUCCGACGGCCAGUCGAAAGUGGUCGACGAAUUGUUAAACCACAAGCGGAACGGCUUUUACGUCGAAAGUGGAGGCUACACGGGGGAAGUGGUGAGCAACACUCUAUUUUUCGAAAUCCAACGUAAUUGGACCGGGAUCUUGAUAGAGCCGAACCCGAGGAACUUUAAGAAAUUAUUGUCAAGAAAUCGGAAAGUUCACUCAGCUAAUGCGUGCAUUGGAGAGACUAAAGCAGCAGCCAAGCCUCGACGUCGAGAGUUCCGAGUACAAAGUCCUGCAGUCCAUCCCCUGGGACAAGCUCGAUAUCAAGACUUUAUCCGUGGAGUACCACCUCAUCCCAGAAGGGAAGCCUGCUCUGAUAGACCUCAUGAAGUCUAAAGGAUACAUACACUACAUGGAAUUCAACAGGCCUAAUUCACAUGACCUUAUCUUCGUCAAACCGGAAGUGUUGGAUAAUUCA